UGAUACCUCCGCUCCCUUGCUUUGGCUGGCCACUUAGGUAGUACCUACCCUCAAGGGGCUCCCUACUUUCCAUAGUGUCACCCAAGUUGCUGAGCAUCCAUGGUAAAUCAAUCCUGGUGUGGAGGAGUUUACCUCCACAGCCUGGAAUCAGGAGAGAAGCCAAGCUCUAGCCCCAGAGGUGGUCUUAGCCAGCAGGGACAGGAGUAGGGGAUGAGGAGCAAGACCUGAGGGAGGGACCCAAAGGAAGGCAUGUGGGUGCCUCCCUGGGGCAAGUCAUGGCACAUCAGAGGCUGUGGGCGUGUUUCUGCCUGCCUGGCCUUUGUUUCCCUGGAGGGAGGCCAAGCCAGGAGCCCUGGCAAUUGGCAGGGGAGGAAAAGUGCUGGAGCAGGGACUGCUGCCAGCAGGCGGGGUAUCCUCUUAAGUGGCUGGGUAAACAGUGCAUAGAAGUGGCCCUGACCCUGGCGCAGGGGGAGCACUGCUAUCCCCACCCCACAGCCUCGGUUCCAGCCUUCUAGCCCUUCGCAAGCAGCCCCACCUCCACUCUUUCAGAAGGUGUUUCAUGAGAGGGCUGUCAGGCUGUGGCUUGGCCAGGAACCACAUGGAGAGGACCCCUAGUUGGAUGACAGAGUCCCAGGGUGGACUCCCUUUAGGGGUAACUAGGAGCUAAACCCUUCAGAAGGCUAAGUGGUAACCUGGUCCCUGGGGAAUGGUGGUGGUGGUGGGCAGUUCAUAUUGGCCUGAGGACACAUGGACAGGGGCUGGACAGGGGUCUCCAGUAUCCAUGAAGGAUUCUUGUUCUUCCCAGAUGGACUCUGGAAGCUCCCAACCAGGGGGGAAGGACAUGACAGAGGCAGGAGGUGAGCAGGAACUUCGGUGGGUGGAACUGGGCUCAGAGGAGGCCCUGGGAGCCAGGACAGAGGGGCCCAGUGACCCACAAGCCUGGGGCCUCCUGCUGCAAGCUGUGUGGAGGGGUCACCUUGGCCUGGCCAGGAAGCUACUGCGUCAAGGGGCCAGCGUGGAAGAGAGGGACCACAGGGGCAGGACCCCGCUCCACCUGGCGGUGCUGCGCGGCCACGUGCCCCUGGUGCGUCUGCUGCUGCAGCGAGGGGCCGCCGUGGGAGCGGCCGACCACGCGGGGCGCACUCCACUCCACGAGGCCGCCUGGCAUGGGUCCUUGCGGGUGGCUGAGCUCCUUCUGCGGCGGGGGGCCCUGGCGGCGGCGCGCUCGGGGGCUGGCCUCACCCCGCUGCACUGGGCCGCGGCGCUGGGCCGCACGCUGCUGGCGGGGCGCCUGUUGGGCGCGCCGAGCCCGGGCCCCGCGUUGGCGGAUGCGCGCGGCUGGACGGCUGCGCACUGGGCGGCUGCGGGCGGACGGCUGCCGGUGCUGGAGCUCCUGGCGGCUGACGGCGCGGGCCUGGACGGCGCCCUGCUGGUGGCGGCCGCUGCUGGGCGCGUGGCGGCGCUGCGCCUCCUCCUAGCGCUCGGGGCGCGGGUGGACGCCCGGGACAGCGCGGGGACCACGGCGCUCGGCGUUGCGGCGAGUCUGGGCCGCAGGCAGGACAUGGAGGUGCUGCUUGACCAUGGGGCAGACCCCAGCCUCAAGGACAGGCACAGUCGCUCUGCACUCCAUAGGGCUGCUGCUGGGGGGCACCUGCCUGCUGCCCAGCUGCUAGCAGCCUGGGGAGUGGAGGUGGAUGCUCGAGACUCAUUGGGACUCACACCCCUACACCAUGCUGCCCGGGGAGGCCAUGCAGAGGUUGCCAGCCACCUCCUGGACAGGGGAGCGCAGGUCAAUGCCACUGGAUGGCUCCAUAGCACCCCCCUUCACCUUGCCAGGGAGCAUGGCCAUGGCCCCACUGCAGACCUUUUGCUGAGCCGAGGGGCUAGCCCCACCCUGAGGACACAAUGGGGUGAAGUGGCCCAGGACCUGGUGUCCCUGGAGGCUUGCGCCAAGAGCUGCCCACCUUUUGCAGAGAGCAGGAGUGGGAGGGGCACAUAGCUGCAGAGGCCCUGAGCUGGACAGAAGUCUCCUGGCUCCCACAGCCUUCAGUGCUCCAGGUUCCUCUCUUCUGGACUGAGGCUGCCUGCCUGCCUGCGGGGAGGACGGCUGAGAGGUUCCCGGAAGAGAAGGAAGCAGUGGCUUGAGCUCCAGUAAUGAACCUGUGACUGCCCACUGCUCCCUGGGGGCACAUCACCCCUACAGCUCCAGAUUCCUCCACACUGUUUAGCAGAGAGCCUGAGUAGUGGCAGCAGAUUUGAGUAAGAUGUGGCAAUCUCCCCUGAAUCCACCCUAGGUUUGUCACCCGCAGCAGCUCUCACUGUCCAUGGGGAUGUUCUUCCUAUGUCACGUGAGAUCCAGUAUCUGUCUUCUGGCAUCCAUUUGUUACACGGCCAAAUUAGUGGCCACAGUUGCUUACAUCUCCCCUCUGUCCAGGGCCUGCUCCCAGAAUUGCUGUCUCCUCUCUCAUACAUCCAGUGGAUAUUCCCUCUGUCCUAAAUU